AUGGAUUCUGCCAGUUGCAGCUCGGAAUCAGACCUAAGUUCGUGGUCAAACUCUAGUGUGGGCGAUGGGCCAACUGCCAGUAGCUGCACACUGCGAGCAUGUCCCUCGAAAGGCUGUGAAGUAUCCUGCUGCGAAGGAGACCCCAGCCGACCUCCGUACACCAGGGUCAUGCCGGAGGAUCGGCGGUACGGGGUCGUUGUGAGCAAUGAAGAGGAUCCCUGUAACUGCGAGUUCACUUGUGUACUUCAGUUCCUGCUGAAAUCCUUCCACAGGGUUGCAGAGGAAGUGAGUUCUCUGCGGUUCAGCGAGUGCACCGCGGUGGAGAAGUUCGACUGCAACUUGAUAAUCGUCGGUGUGGACGAUUAUACGAAGGACUGGCUGAUCACCCAGACCAGAGCGAUCUGUCCCCCCUUUAAAGUCUCCUCUUUCAUCAGACAUUUUGAACUGGUUAAGGUGUCCUUUGUCAUGCCAAAGGUGGUGGACGCUCGGCUCUGCCGCAUAUUUUACCUCUUUGAGAAGCAGAACUGUGGACUCGACACUGGCAAGUGGUGUGUGGUGAAACAAACCCCCCUGGAUGAAUGCAGUGAGGAGUACCAAUCGAAGGUAGUGUACCCCGAUGCGGAGAACGUCGAGAUACUGGCCUACAUAGACGAAGAGAGCGUAGACAUAAUCAAGAGAAAUUGCUCGAAGAUCUGCUACAUGCUAUUCCAUUUGCCGGUGGACUUUUGCCCAAAAGCCUAG